AUGGGGAUCGUCCAGAUUGUUCCCUUCCUUGGACCAUAUGGUUGUGCUUUAAGAAGACCGCAGGGAAGAACACAUUCUCUUCUUGCCACAGAAGUUGCAGUAGAAAAUCUGAGGCGGGUUGAAGGGCCAAUGAGUAUUCUUCUCAUUGAGGCAUUCUAUGGAGGGUCCCAUAAACAGCUGGUGGACCUGCUCCAGGAAGACCUGGAAGACUGCAUCCUUUACACUCUUCCUGCAAAGAAGUGGCAUUGGAGAGCGCGGACGUCGGCUUUGUACUUCUCUCAGACUAUCCCCGCCAGUGAGCAUUACAGGACCCUCUUUGCAAGCUCAGUGCUUAACCUGACCGAACUGGCUGCCCUUCGGCCUGACCUUGGGAAACUGAGAAAGAUUCUCUACUUCCACGAGAACCAACUGGUGUAUCCCGUCAAGAAAUGUCAGGAGAGGGAUUUCCAGUAUGGAUACAACCAGAUCCUAUCAUGCCUGGUGGCUGAUGUGGUGGUAUUCAACUCAUUUUUUAAUAUGGAGUCAUUUCUCACUUCUAUUGGGAGAUUUAUGAAGCUGAUUCCUGACCACAGACCCAAGGAUCUGGAAAGCAUCAUCAGACCCAAGUGCCAAGUUAUUUACUUUCCCAUCAGGUUUCCUGAUGUGAGCAGAUUCAUGCCCAAGCAUAAAACAGCCCACUUACAGAAGAUGCUCAACCUUAAAGGAACCAGUGGUGCCACUCCAUCCCCGGCCCUUCCUCCCGGGCAGGAGCAGGGAAGUUCCGAGAAUGAACUGGAAAAUGUUGAGCCAGAGCCUGGACCUUGUGAUGGGGCACAACAAGAGAGCCUGUUGAUGCAGGAGCCACACUUGAAAACCUGCAACUUGUCAGAUCACUCCAGCUCUCGUCAUGGGGAAAAUCAACAAAAUCCGAAUGACAUUCUGAGUGGGGUUGAUGAUCAACAAAGACCAUUACACAUUGUCUGGCCUCACAGGUGGGAGCACGAUAAAGACCCAGAGAGUUUUUUUAAGGUAUUAAUGCAUCUGAAGGACUUAGGACUCAAUUUCCACGUAUCCGUCCUUGGAGAAACCUUCACGGAUGUUCCAGAUAUCUUUUCAGAGUCCAAAGAGGCGUUGGGAUCUUCUGUCUUGCAGUGGGGCUACUUACCCAGCAAGGAUGACUAUUUCCACGUACUGUGCACGGCUGAUGUUGUCAUCUCCACAGCUAAGCACGAAUUCUUUGGAGUGGCAAUGUUGGAAGCUGUGUGCUGUGGUUGUUACCCACUUUGUCCCAAAGAUUUGGUUUAUCCUGAAAUAUUUCCAGCUGAAUAUCUGUAUUCUACACCUGAACAGCUUUCAAAAAGGCUCCAGAAUUUCUGCAAGAGACCUGAUAUUGUGAGGAAACAUCUCUAUAAGGGUGAGACGGCUCCUUUCUCCUGGGAGGCCCUGCGUGGCCAGUUCAGGUCUCUGCUCGCCCCGGAACCAGGCGAAGGUCUGUGA